ACUUAUCAUAUCGUUAUCAGAUACCGACAGGAGAAGAAGAGAAAGCUGCAAAGAAUCCUUCAAGAAGAACACCACUGUGCACGGUACGGUGAGCGAUGGUAUUGUCUAUUCCAAACAUCAAUUGGGGCUGUCCACUGACGCUACAGGCAACCCCUCGCUCUUUACGUUCGUUCUUCGACUCUACUCCGGCGGAUCUAUUGGACUCGCAGUUAUCUUCUCUCGCACUUAUCUCUCGAACGACUUACGAGCAGAAUCUGUCGGAAAUAGCGACACUGCGGAAGCAGGUUGAGGACAAGGAAAACGAAAUUUCUUCACUAAUAGUCAAACGCAAUGGGGUAGGUGUGGAUGUUGGUGUUGGUGCUGUCGGGGUAGCGGUGGAGAUUGGUGUACUGGAAGUUCAAAUUACAGAGUUACAGAAGCGUAACGAGGGACUACUAGGGGAAAACAAGCGGAUUGCAAAAGAGCUGGAGAGUUCGGAAUUGAAAGGGAAGGCUAUCAAAGCUGAAAUUACCCGCCUGAGGUUGGACGGAUCCAAGAGAUCCAAGGAGCUCGAGGAGAGAAAUCUGAAGCUGUCUGCGGAAUUGCUGGACGCGACGACUGCGUUUUCACAGCUACAACAGUCGAUUGGCAGUCAUGGCGGAAUGACAAAUGGACAUGGGAUAGGCCCGAGUAGCACGGCGGUGGCCGACAACGAAGCGACCCUGCGUGAGCUCAGAAGUGAGAACGAAAAGCUGCUGACCAAGCUCCGUUCGUCCGAAUCUAGCAAAGCAGACCUUCAUAGGAUCAAUAAAGAACUUAGGACCGUAGUGAAGACUAACGAGAAUAGUAACGUCGACUUGCAGAAGGGAAACCUAGACUUGAAAGUACAAAUUUCAAGUCUGGAAUCGGAUAAUCAGAAGCUUCAGAAGAAAACCGCGAAAUUCGACAUGAUGAUGGAGGGAAAGGAUCAAUUGGAAAAACAUGCCGCGAGCUUGCGGGCUGAGAUCGAGAGACUGCGUGCGAUACCCCCUGUAAAUAACGAUACAGGAGCACUAGAGGCAGAAAAUACGAAGCUACGGAGCGAAGUUGAACAUCUGAACUCGCUGCUCACGGGCGACGGUCCAAACUCGCGACGGGGUUUCGAGGCGGCCAACAAACAACUUGUGAAUGACAACAUCGAAUUGACAAGGAAAUAUGAAGGGCUGAUCGAAGAGAACAAUAAGCUGGCCAACCGGUUUGAGGUCGAGAAAAAGAAGCUCACGACCCGUGAUUCAGAGAUUGAGAUUUUAAACCAGCGCUCACAGAGGCUUCUCGACGACCUCAAUAUCCACAAAGACUGGAAGGAGCGUCUGAGGGACGAGAACUUAGCCUUGCGAUCACAAAAGGACAGAUUGUUAACAGACCUGGACGACAUGGAGAGGGACCUGAGGAUAUACCGUGCAAAAGUGGCGGAAUCGAAGGUCUUGAAAGCACCAUUGGAUAAGCCGUUCGAGCAUAUUCCCGUGAGGAAGGAUGUCCGGCGCAAUUCCGGUAUAGAUCCAAAUGGCACACAUGGCAAGUCUAACGAAAAUUCUACUUCACCACGGGGACACGGCUUGAAGAGGCCACUCGACGAGACGGAAGACCUGGGGAAGGAGGUAGGCGGAGGAAAUAUAGACGGUAGCCUAACCGGCGGAAACGGGGACGGAAGCAGUCGGAAUUUCAGCAUCCGUGCGAUUGCCUCGGAGGCCAAUGGACCUGCACCACCAUCAAUGAUAUUGAAACCACCAUCAGGAGUGGCCGCUUUACCAGCGCGCAUCAGCACCAGCGUCCCAACAUCGCCCACUGCUGGAAGAAACCUCUUUGACCGAGUAAACGCGGGCCUUCCCUCGCGGUCGCUUUUCGACAGAAUCUCCCUUCCGCUCCCACAACCUCCACCGAUUUCACCAGUUUCGCGCAGGUCUGAAGAGCGAGAUAUCGAACACCUCAUCAAUAGCACCAAGACCGGCAAACGCUGCAUCGUUUGUCGUUUCGACGGUGCCGGCAACCUCCCUGACCCUGCGGACCUCCUAUCCGUCGUCUGCGGCGGUCCGCUAGAAUCUCUCCGCAUAACGAGCGAUCGAAACAUGGGCAUGCUCUGCUUCCUGCGUCCCCACGACGCGGAGGAAUUCCUGGACUACGCCGAACGAAACCUUAACGGGAAGCGUGUAUUCCGCGACGAGCGCUGCGUGGUGGAAUUUUUAUGGCAGGACAAAGCCAUCAAACCUAUUGAAAGGGAGAUAGCAUAUCACGUGGUACACUAUAGUCGCUCUAGAAUUUUUAAGUUCCAUUGUCUACCAUACGAAAUCCCGCUCGAGCGGUGUCUUACUAAGAUCACUUCUCUCAUUGGCGAUCGGCCGCUGUGGCUGAACGAGGGGCAUAGAUUCCAGCGCGGACGGGAGGUCGAGGUUGAGUUCUUGAGUAUUCGAGACGCUACCGAGGCGAAACGUUUGUUAGAUGCUCAGGCCACAGCAUGGGGGGGGUAUUUCCUGGUGUAGAGAGGAGUGCGAUCGGCCAAUUCCCAUCAACAGACAAUAAAAUAACGAUUCCGGCGGAUUUUUUUUCUUACACGACAUCUAUCCACACCAACUUGUAGGUACAGUAUUAUAAGCAGUUUUUCAUGGGGGCAUUUGGUCAUUACCGAAUACUAUCUUUUCAGGGUUUCUGGUUGUUGUUUUUCUUUUCCAUUUCUCUCCUAUCGUUUUUGCUUUGCUUUGAUUUUGAAGGCUAGCGUGAUGAACGGACGGAUGCAGGAUUGGGGGGUUGGAUUGUUGAGUGGGAAAGGACCGUAGAGUAUAAGGGGGGGGGGUGAAUCGUACCCUUGGUUCAUGUGCUGGUAUUUUUUACAUCUCUUUGUUUGCUUGCUCGGGCGAUUGAUAUCAUACACACAUAAUAGUCACGACACCCCUAUUGGAUAGGUCCUUUGUGUCUGACUGCAUGGUUGAAAUAGAGCUACUGAUAUCGCAUUGCAGGUUCGCUGACGUAAAUUCAAUGUUUCUCUGAUCCUUUUG